AUUCUAUUCCCAUUCACGGACGCUAUUAACUAGCCGGCGUGGUGACAUUGUUAAUAGGUUAAUACAUUCACAAUUCUAUUUCCAUUCACAGACGCUAUUAACUAGCCGGCGUGGUGACAUUGUUAAUGGGUUAAUACAUUCACAAUUCUAUUCCCAUUCACACGCUAUUAACUAGCCGACGUGGUGACAUCGUUAAAGGGUAGCUAUUGAACCCACAGUGAGUAUACUAAAAGGACGUAAGAUUGAGUUGGCUAAGAGGUUAGGGGCCUAACUGAAAUAACAAUGAUACCUGUUUUGGUAAUGGAAAGCACGCGGCGCUGAGUGGCCACAAAAAUCAUAGUGUCGAUGACUUUGAGUGAGUGAGGUUGGUGGCAACCGUGUUGACACCUUUUAUCCAAUUUAUUUGCUGCUAGAUUACCAAACUUAUCUGCUGCAGAACAAAUAGGUAACCAGAUUAUUUUGAAUUUCAGUGAGAGCAUGAUUAGAUCGGUGUCACCGUAUGGAAACGAGAAGCUGUUCGUGUUGAAUGGCAGUUACUGUGUGGAAUCUGAAGAAUACUUGUUGUUAAGUGAGGAAGAUGUUGAAGGAGGAUUGAGUUAUGAUGAAGACAAGAUGAGGUUAAAGCUUCAAGAACUUGAAAGAGCGCUUGUUGAUGAUGAGGAGGAUUCUGAAUCAGCAGAAGCACCAGCAGCCUGUUCAUAUGAAUGUAGUAGCAGCCAGCAGCAAGUAUCUCCGAAAGACUUGCUUUUCGCGUGUGCUGUGGCGGUUUCUCAAGGCCGGACGGAAGAUGCAUCCAACAUGAUAAGCCAGCUCCGGCGAAGGGUCUCCAUCGACGGAGAGCCUUGGCAGAGGAUCUCAGCCUACAUGGUAGAAGCCCUUGCCGCCCGUCUCGCGGUGUCCGGGAAGGGUCUUUACAGAGCUCUCAAGUGCAAAGAACCACCUUCCAAAGAUCGGCUUUCGGCUAUGCAAGUGCUCUUCGAGGUUUGCCCCUGCUUCAGGUUUGGGUUUAUGGCCGCAAACGGUGCCAUUCUGGAGGCCUUUGCCGGUGAAAAAGCAGUGCACAUAAUCGAUUUUGAGGUUAGUCAAGGCAGCCAGUACAUAACCCUGUUGCAGACUCUGGCAGCUGAAAACAACAAGACGUGUCCUCGUUUUAGAUUGACCGGUGUGGAUGACCCGGACUCUAUUCAACGGCCCGUUGGUGGCCUCAACCACAUCGGCCUCAGGCUCAAGGAGCUUGCCAAAUCCCUCAAUCUAGACUUUGAAUUCAAUCCGGUGGGGGACCUCGACACACUUGAAUGCAGGCCGGGUGAGGCGCUGAUUGUAAACUUUGCCUUCCACCUCCACCACAUGCCUGAUGAGAGUGUUUCCACUCUCAAUCAACGAGAUCGCCUUCUGAGAAUGGUUAGAAGUCUAAACCCCAAACUUGUAACGCUUGUGGAGCAAAAUGUGAACACCAAUACGACCCCCUUUUUGCACAGGUUUCAUGAAGCCUAUACCUAUUAUUCUGCUAUGUUUGAUUGCCUAGACGCUACGCUUCCACGAGAAAGCCAAGAACGCGUCAACGUGGAGAAACAAUGCUUGGCUCGUGAAAUCGUCAACAUAAUCGCUUGUGAGGGAGAAGAAAGGGUUGAAAGGUACGAAGUGUGGGGAAAGUGGAAGGCCAGGAUGACCAUGGCCGGUUUCCAGGCUAGCCCCAUCACUGAAAAUGUUAAUCACAUGAUUCGGAAGCUCAUCAAACAGUAUAGCCACAGGUAUACCACCAACAUCCACAGUAAUGCACUUCAUUUUGGGUGGGAAGAUAAAGUCUUAAUUGUUGCUUCAGCUUGGAGAUAACUUUCAUUUCUCUUUUCUAUUUCUAUUUCUAUUUCUAUUAAUGUUAAAACCCAACAAAUAGUGACAGUUCUAAUGACAGUUCUAUUUCUCUCUA